GAUUUUGCCAGGACCAGUUUCUCAUUAGUAUUGAGUGAAACCGAGGAAACACGAAUAUAAUGGUACAGCAAGUACUGCAUUAACAAUAAUAUAAGCUAAGUAUAUAGGAAGUAAAGCGUACAAGUGGAACAAAGAGUUGCACAUUUCUAUGAACCGGACAGGAAGGAAUUCACCUAACUUGAAGGACUCAGUAAUUUGAUUUUUUAUUGUCUCAAGCUGUGACUCUUCUCCUUGGAGCUUAACCGGCUAGUGCUUACAAACCCUUAAAUUCGCCUUGUCUAAUUGCCUUCCAAAUUCGCAGACGUGCACACCUUCCAUGUACCAGUUAUUUGUAAAAUACCGGGCGUUUGUGAUUUAAAACAGAGAAAAGAUAACAGAAACGUUUUGUAACUGGUAACUGGUAACUGGUAUUCUUAUAGUAGGAAUAGGUAAAUAAUUAGCAGCGAUCGCUCGUCCUGUGCAGCCAAUUUGGAGUGGCAUGAGUGGCCAUCCAUCAUUGGGACUCCGGAAAAAUGAUGAUAAUGAGUGUAGUGGGCCACGACCACCUGUACCAGGAGAAGAGAGCCGUGUUAAAAAGAUGACCGAAGGGGCAGGAGAGACCUCGAAGAAUUCGCCACCAUCCUAUCUGAACUGGGCUCGGACGCUAAACCACUUGCUGGAGGAUCGAGAUGGGGUCGAGCUCUUCAAGAAGUACGUCGAGGAAGAGGCGCCCGCUUACAACGACCACCUCAACUUCUAUUUUGCGUGCGAGGGUCUCAAGCAGCAGACGGACCCGGAGAAAGUCAAGCAGAUAAUCGGAGCUAUCUAUAGAUUUCUGCGCAAGAGUAAGCUCUCUAUCUCCGAUGACCUGCGCGCCCAGAUUAAGGCAAUCAAGACGAACCCCGAGAUCUCGCUUAGCCCGCACAUCUUCGAUCCUAUGCAGCACCAUGUGGAGGUUACCAUCCGGGACAACAUAUACCCAACGUUUCUCUGCUCGGAUAUGUACAUUCUGUAUAUCCAGCAAAUGUCCGCAUUGCAGGAGCGCUGCAGCAGCAGCGGCGCGACGGGAUCGGGCAGUGCCGGAAGCAGCGGUAGUGGUGGCAGUAGCCUCGUCGGGGCGUGCGCCCUUCCUGCAGCCACUGCAAAACAGCAGCAGCGACAGCUCCAACAGCUAGUGCCGCCCGGUGCCUUCAUUAACCUGCCAGUGAGCAGCGUGAGCGGGCCGCCUGCUGGCACAUGUAGUGCCAGCGGCAGUGUGUACGGUCCCUCGACGUCGGCCAGUUCAAGCGGCUCCAUCAGCGCCACCGACACACUGCCACGCAGCUCCACGCUGCCCACGUUGCAUGAGGACUCGGUGCUGUCACUCUGUGACGACUUCGAGAAGGUGCAAAUGCAGGACGGAGGUGGAUCCGGAGGGGCAGGGGCGCGAGCGCCCGACUACCCGAUACGACUUACUCGGGACCUACUAAUAGCAACACAAAAAAGAAGACUGGAAAUCCGACCUCCCGGUGCCCACGGUUAUGUGUACCCAGCGAGCACGAACACUUCCUAUGUGCCAAAUUCGCGGGUUGACUCGGAGAGGGCCAGCGUCAGUUCCGGCGGACGUACCGACUCUGACACCAUGUCGCUCUCCAGUUGUUCAAUGGACGGUCGCCCGUACAUACAACGUAGACAUAGCUCGACGGAAAGCAAGGCGAUUCGCCAGAGCGCGAUGGCAAAUAAGGAGACCAAUACCUUUCAGGUUAUACCUCGCACACAACGACUACAUUCGAACGAGCACAGACCACUGAAGGAGAAUGAGCUUGUGGCUCUUCUGAUACCUAAGUUGGAAGAAGUAAAACGAAAGCGAGACAUGGAGGAAAGAGCGCGCGAGCGGAAUCCCGGAGCUACGCUGCUGACCAACGAAAGAUCCACCGCCAGCGAUCGGGCAUUUGCCGAGGCGAUUCGCGAAAAGUUCGCAUUGGACGAGGACAACGACCAAGACAUUCUUGACCAGCAUGUGUCGCGAGUAUGGAAGGACCAAACGCCGCACCGCUCUCCAGGAACAAUGUCCCCCUGUCCGCCCGUUCCAUCGCGAAGGCGCACCGCCACACAUGACUCGGGCAUGGUUAGCGAUGGCGCGAUGAGCCUAAGUGGGCAGUCCAUGAAGCAUUCGAAGUCCAUGCCAGAUCACAGUUCCUGCUCCUCGAGGAAGUUGACAAAUAAAUGGCCUUCAAUGAAUACAGACAGUGGUAUUAGCAUGUUCUCGGCCGACACUGUUACCAAGUACAAAGAGUCGAGCAGUCGAUCCGGCUCAAGCACAGUCUCGAAGCUAGAGGAGGCGAAACGAAGACUGGAAGACGAGCCGCGACGCUCUCGACGAUAUACCCAGCCGCCUAUGCAGCAGGGACACCUGGCGCAACCGUCAAUGUCCUCCUUUAGCAGCAGCAGCAGCGGUAGCAUUAGCUUGCCUCAUCAACACCAACUUCAACUUCAGACUAAUGCUGCGCCUCCUCCUCUGCCGGCUAAGCCUCCGGAGACGAUAGUAGUGUUUUCAUUCUGCGAGGAGCCAGUUCCAUACAGAAUAAAAAUACCCGGUACCCAGCCUACCCUGCGUCAGUUCAAGGACUAUCUACCAAGAAGGGGUCACUUUAGAUUCUUUUUCAAGACGCACUGCGAAGACCCGGACAGUCCAGUGAUUCAGGAAGAGAUUGUUAACGACUCCGACAUACUGCCUCUGUUCGGAGACAAAGCGAUGGGUCUUGUCAAGCCAUCCGAUUAAGCAUUAAGCAUUUAGUGUAGAUUUUGUAUUAAGGCAAAUUGGGAGUGAGUGGUUUGAUGCACUGAUGAUGCACUCGGUAAAAUACGAACGAAAAAGCGGACGCACCAAGUGUACGAAGCAUCUUAGGGUCACAUACCAACUUGAGAAGCAAAUACCGAAAAUCAAAAGCGACAAACUUUUGUAAGCAUCACAAACUACUCUGAACAACCAAAACUGAUAAAUUCAAGCCACUUAAAUUUGUAAAUCGUCAACUAUUUAAAACGAGCUUGAAUCCCACAUAAAUAGACCGUAAAUUUCUGUUUAUACCGUGGAGGCGAGUUCAUAAAAUCAGUCGCAGCUGGGUUGUUGAAUGGGCCCGAAACAGGGCUGAGAGAUUAUUAGGAACUGCACAAAAUCGAAUGUAUUAAGAAGAUUUAAGGUAUGGAUUUUCCUGGAUUGGGAUUUGUUUGUUACUUUUUACUAACUACGGACUGCCUGCAAUAAAUUUUGUUAAUAUU